AUGUACCCGUUUAAUGGCAGUCUCAGUAACUUCAGUCUGAUGAUGGAGGUUGAGGACAUGCCCCGGGAUGAGAACCUGGCCAAAGUAGAGAUCGCGCUGCUCAGCGUCAUCUUCGUCAGUGCCGUUAUCCUGAACACCGGGCUACUACUGGUUCUGUGGAAGCGGCGCAAACAGGUAUCCAAGAUGCGUGUCUUGGUGUUCCAUCUGUGCGUUGCAGACCUGGUUGUGGCGUUUUUCCAGGUGUGCCCGCAGCUCAUGUGGGACAUUACGGACAGAUUCAUCGGACCGGACCUGGUGUGCCGCUUGGUGAAGUAUCUGCAGGUCGUGGGCAUGUUUGCGUCCACCUACAUGAUCGUAGUGAUGACCAUUGACCGCUACCAGGCUAUCUGCAACCCUAUGGUCAAGUUUCAGAGGAGGCGAGAGCGCUGGAACAUCCCUGUUUGCAUCGCCUGGUCGAUCUCCCUCGUGGGCGGCCUGCCUCAGAUCUUCAUCUUCUCGCGGGUGCAGGUGGCGCCCGGGGUGUUCGACUGCUGGGCGUACUUUAUCCAGCCCUGGGGCCUGAAGACAUACAUCACCUGGACCACGCUGGUUAUCUUUGUCUUGCCCAUUUUGACCGUGGUGGUGUGCCAGGUGCGAAUCUGUCGAGCCAUCCAGAACAACCUUUACUUAAAGACGCACCAGGAUGGGGGUAGCGGGGUUGCCUUUCAGCUGCCCUCCAGAACCAGCAGCGUGGCCGGGGUGUCCAAAGCACGAAUCAAGACUGUGAAGAUGACAGUGGUUAUCGUGCUUGCCUACAUCAUCUGCUGGACUCCGUUCUUCACGGUCCAGCUUUGGUCUGUGUGGGACAAGGACGCACCAACGGAAAGUAAGAAUAUGGAUAUCAAUCUUAUUAUAACUGUAUAAUAAAGUCCACAAUUAUGACUUUCAAUAUAGCCAGCGGCGGUCCGCCCAUAUAUAUUUUUAAAAAUAUAUUUAAAAAUAUAUAUAUAAUUCAUGGAUUGUGUUUUAAAUGCUCAUAAAAGUGCGGUAGAUGUGUACAUUUUCCUGUUUCAAAAAUAGAUUGUUCAGAACAAGCUGUUCAGUUACUACUCUGUUUCUCAGUGACUGCAUGCAGCCAGCAGCAGCCCCACCUCUGUGGGCGCAUAGGCCAUGCUGAAUGUUGAGGGGGUUUGAUUAAUCUCGCCCUGGCGCAUGUGUAGGCUUGCUUUGCACCGGCUGAAAGUUGAUUGCAUGAGCUUGGUGCCCGCUCUGUCCGACAGCAAAGUCGUCUCAAAACAAAAGUGACGUAAUUAAGCACGCAUAGUAAUUAGUAGGAUUCUGUGUUUUCCCAUGCAAAAGUGAUUGCUUUUGAUAAAAACGCUUUAUCUGCCUUCCCAAUGAAAACUAGUUAGGACAUUUUAGCAUUUAUUUUAUGGAAAAUAGAUGUUGUUUGUUUCUGGCCUUGUUGACAAAAUGACAGAGCGGCACGGAUUACUGUUCGAUUUGAGAAGGACACUCCUCCCUCCCCGCUUUCUCCUCAUGACGUGACAGACAUUUGUUCAAUCCGGGCCAUCGUAAAAUAACUCCCUCAAUGCUUGGAUUGUUUUGCCAGCUAUUUGCUAUGAGGGGGAACUGCCAAUAGCAUGUAUUAUAACAGCACAAAGUAAAUGGACUGACCUGGGGCUCUCAAAUGUGCAUCUGUUGAGUCAGAACUUCUGGCUCUGCUCUAGUCUCGCUCCCAAUGAGUUUCUCACACCAGACGGUUUACUUCUGCAUGUGUCACUAGAUCUGCUCUAUCAGGUAUAGAUGGCGCUAAAGCAAAAAGCAAAUUGUAAUUAACUUGUUAAUAAAUAAUCAUAACAGUCAUGGGUGCCUGGGACCUGAUAAACCAGACAACUACAUCCAACAAGAGUCGAAGGACAGAGGGAUACACUAGCUAGAACCUUCUCAUUGUGGAUCUGGUAGGACAAAAAAGCUUGGCCAUUUUUAUUGUCCAUCAGGGUAGGUGACAGGGCGACAUGUUGUGUGGACUAAAACAGCAUAAAACCGUGUGUAUCACUCACAAAGCAUGAUGAUUUUUGGGUCAAAUUAACCAGAUAGGCUAUCUACCUUUGAUAAGCAGCUAGUUGGCUGGUAGCUUGCUAGCUAGUUAACAGUUCGCUCUCAUGCCAAUUUCAAGUCUUUCUAAACUAAUAUCUGACUAAGGGUGCAUUUGUAAAUUCCCUCUGGGGUGUCAGAGUGUGCUGAGUGAGGGCGUUGGUAAAUUCAGAGCAUUGUUAGAAUGUCCCUUCAUAAAUUAAGUACAUUUUGCUCUCUGAGCAUUUAGAGCGCACACUGGACACACUGGAUGCUCAGGCGGAGGAGUAGGGUUGAUGCGAGCGUUCUGACCUCACAAAGGUCAGCUAACCCCAAGCUAACUGGCUAAAGGUGGCUAGCUUGUUAGCUACUUCCAUACACAAAUGAGAGAACACCUAACUCUGACCAUUUUACUCGCCCUAGCAGAGCUGGUUAGACUGUUUUCAUGUUAUCUAGAGCGUUAGUGACUGUAACUGUGCUGCUGGCAACAAUCUAAUUACGUUUUUUGCCAAUGUUUACUGACACCGGUCAUAUUCAACGGGUGUUGCGGGUGUUGCGGGUGUUGUGUGUUCAGAAUUUACGAACGCCCAGAGCUAUCCCCAGUUAGAUAAUGUGUUUUCACUUAUUGCAUCUGCAUGCUUGUUAUGUUCUCCCUGGUGCACUCAUUCAUUUGUGACGUGAGCUGGCUACUCGUUCUAAAUAGUAACCUAUGAUCUAAUCUGUUCAAAACAGUGGCAGCAUUGCUCAUUCGGUUUUUGACAUGCAAAAAUGAAAUAGGUGUAUUUAUGCUGUUGUUCAAAUGCACAGAUUGCUUUAUAUAUCUUCUCAAAUAAUCUACUGGUAGUUAGAAAAUUUGACAUCAUAUUUAUGUCAUGCUGCUUUGUUGACAACUCCAACCACCUCACACCCCGGGUAUUCACACCACUGGUACACACCCUCUGAUUUAGGCUCUUACACAUUGAUCACACCUACAGCGUCAUUGGGCAAAAUGGUACACAGCAUCAUCUGGAUAUGUGUGCAACAAAAGUUAAACAUUCACCUUCUGCUACCAUUUCUGUAAAGCCAUCUACGCAUACAAUUUGAUGCAUACCUUCGAUAAAUCCAACAUAUGCACCACAUAGAAUGCACUGCAACUGCCUCUGCAACCAGUGGAGGCUGCUGAGGGGAGGACGGCUCAGAGUAAUGGCUGGAAUAGAGUCAAUGGAAUGGUAUCAAACACAUGGAAACCACGUUACCAAAAUGCAAUGACACUGUCGGUGUGAUCGAGGCAUAGGUUGCAGUAACUGUGCAUCAUUUGUCCUUGUGUUAUUGUCAUUGCAGCCGCAACGUUCACCAUCCUGAUGCUGAUGGCGAGUCUGAACAGCUGUGCAAACCCCUGCAUCUACCUGCUCUUCAGCGGCCAGCUGCCCAAUAAACUGGUGACAGUGCUGUGCCGAAGGCCUUCUGACGGGAAAGACUCCAUUAACUACGAGGCCACAGUAGUCAGCUCGCUCUACAUGAGCUUCAAAAGCAUCUCCGACUCCAAAUAG